CGGGCAUAUACGAUAAAUGACGGAUAGGCAGACUCCCGAAAAGUCGAUGGUUGGAUUAUGUCGUUCGAUCAUGAACACGGGCUGUUAACGACGACAUGACCUCCUCCCAAGCCUACCUGUCUUCGCCUGUGACACCCAGACGAAGCCGGCGCAAGUCGAAAUUCACAUACAAGCAACUCGCAACCCUUGCAUCUUCGAGUACGACCUGUCCGUUGCGAUGCAUUGCUCUCAUCGACCUGGACGCCUUCUACGCGCAAUGUGAGACUGUCCGACUGGGCAUUGACCCUUCGAAACCUCUGGCCGUGCAGCAGUGGCAAGGUCUGAUAGCCAUCAACUACCCAGCGCGAGCUUUCGGAUUGAGCAGGCACGUAACGAUCUCCGAAGCCAAGGAGAAAUGCCCGGAAAUCAUCUGCCAGCAUGUUGCCACCUGGAAGGCGGGCGAUACCAAGUGGAGCUACGAACUGAACGGUGCAGAUGCUGGUAGGGAGAUUUCCUCCCGUAAAGUCUCACUCGAUCCAUACCGGAUCCAAAGCCGGAAGAUCUUGGCUCUGAUCAAGGAGUUCCUCCCAGCGGACAGGCAGAAAGUGGAGAAGGCAAGCAUCGAUGAAGUGUUCCUCGACCUAUCUGCGCAUGUGCAUAGUCUGCUUCUAGAGCGAUACCCUGAGCUGCGUGGUCCGCCACCGUACGAUGACCCAUCGGAACCAUUGCCUCGUCCGCCAACCACGGCACUAGACUGGGCGGCAGAUUCGCUUGUGGACCUCGACUCCUCGCAAACCGAGGAGGACGAACCAGACUGGGACGAUGUCUGCGCCCUCAUCGCCUCCGAGAUUGUCCGCGACGUCCGCAAAGCCGUCUUCGACCAGUUACAUUACACCUGCUCCGCCGGUAUCAGCAAGAACAAAAUGCUAGCCAAGCUCGGAGCAGGACACCACAAGCCGAACGGACAGACUGUGAUUCGCAAUCGGGCAGUCCAGCAGUUCCUCUCAGGCUUCAAGUUCACCAAAAUUCGAAACCUAGGCGGCAAACUCGGAGACGAACUAGUGGCAGCCUUCAACACCGACCUUGUGUCCGAAAUGCUCAAAGUUCCCCUCGAGCAAUUGAAAAAGCAGUUCGGCGACGACACGGGCUCAUGGCUCUACAGCACGUUCCGAGGCGAGGAUACCAGCGAAGUCAACCCACGCACCCAGAUCAAAAGUAUGCUUUCAGCCAAGUCCUUCCGACCCAGCAUCAACAGCUUUGAAGUGGCGUGUAAAUGGCUCCGUAUCUUCGUGGCGGACAUCUUCAGCCGACUGGUCGAAGAAGGCGUGUUGGAGAACAAGCGCCGUCCCAAGACGAUUAACCUGCAUCACCGGCAAGGCGCGCAGACGCGGAGUAAGCAGUCUCCCAUCCCGAUGGGGAGGCAGAUUACGGAAGAUGGGUUGUUUGAGCUGGCCAAGAAUUUGUUGGCGCACGUCAUCGUUGACGGCAGAGCUUGGCCUUGCGCGAACUUGUCGCUUAGUGUGGGUGGAUUUGAGAACGGCGUGACGAACAAUAAGGGGAUUGGGGGGUUUUUGGUGCAUGGCGAUGAAGCGAAGGCACUUCGUGGCGGCCAUGGUGCGAGAGACGGGAGUGAUAGGGCGCAGACUCCGCCUUCACGCAAGCGAAGGAGGACUGACGAGGCGGGUGGCAUCACCAAGUUCUUUGGCGCGCCGGCGAGACAGGAGAGCACCGCUAGUGACGACUUGCAGGGUCUGGAGGGGGACGAUAUGGAGGCGAACGAUGCCGACGAGGAGGCGCUGUUCGUGGGGCAAGACCAGCCGGACGACGAGCUAUACGGCGCUUCAGACACGGCAGAUCUGUCCGAACCAACACCGCAUCCAGAUCCUUCCACACACGCCGAGCCAGUCUCAUCCCAGUCUCUGAUCGACGAAGUAUACCCAGCAAAGCCGAACACACACAAUCCUCCUCCCGCCGUCCACGAUCAGCUCUACGACACACUGCAAGGUAGCGCAGAAACUUACCUCUGUCCACGCUGCCAACACCACCUCCCCCUCGACGCCAAGUUAGAGCAUGAAGACUUCCACUUCGCCCAAGAUCUGCAGAAUGAACACUCCAGUUCCCCGCGUCCGCCUCCGCCGAAGCCUGUCCCACCCGCAGCAAUGAAAUCCACGUCAAGUGGCGGCGGGGGUGGGGCAGGAGGAGGAGGAGCAGCAAAAGGAAAGGGCAAAGGCAGGCCGCCCUCGACCUUGGCGCCGGAGAGAGGGCAGCGGAGAUUGGCUUUUGGGUAGAUAAGGUAGUUUUGCCUCGUUACAUACAUUAUGCCCGGAGCUUGCAUUCACAGUCUCCCAAGCUAUUGAACGAACA